UAGAUGGCUGACAGAUAAAUUAACCACACGUAGUAAUCCACUGUUCAGUCCAGUUGUCAAUUGCUCACAAACAUUGUCUUGGCUUUUGACCCAGCAAACGUAGAAGCGCAAUUGAUUUUAAUCGCAGACGAACGAUCUGAAUCGUAAUUUACCAAGAAAUUUGGAAAUAUUUAUGCUUUCACACCAUCCAGUCUUUUCUAUCUCAUACACUAACCUGUUUCGAAAAGUUAUUUUUGAAAAGUUGACCAGAGUGAUAUCUAUAACAUUAUACUCUUUAUACAAAAGAUGUGGUUGAACAAGUUGACGAGAUUUUUAACGCUUGGCAUUGUUAUGCAACUUUGGUGGAUAAAAUGCAACGCAACAAUCCUUCAAACAGAGCCAAGCUUGUUUGAGGGUGACAUUGUCUUUGAUCAAAAUAUAAAAAAGCUUAUUCUAUCGAACAAUGUACGAUUUCGUCGCAAAAGAAAUGUUGUUGCAAACAAAGUCAAACUUUGGCCAGAUGGUGUAAUACCGUACAUUAUUGAUGAUACUGUCGAUACCCCUGUGAGAAAAAGAAUUCGAAGAGCAUUUCGACAUAUUUCCAAAAGAUCCUGUAUCAGUUUUAUACCAAGAAUGGAAAAACACAAGGACUAUAUCACGAUAAAAAGUGGAGUCGGGUGCUAUUCUUCGAUUGGCAGGCAAGGUGGUGGUCAACUAUUAUCAAUUGUACGUGGUUGUGAAUAUGGGGCAAUACAUGAAGUAAUGCAUGCAUUGGGGUUCUUUCAUGAACAAUCAAGACCAGAUCGUGAUUUCUAUGUGAAGAUAAACUGGUGGAAUAUUCAAGGAGGAAUGGAAAGAAAUUUUAAUAAAUACUCAAAUGGUGUUACUGAUACACUUAAUAAACCAUACGAUUUAAAGAGUAUAAUGCAUUAUGGGAACAAAGCUUUCAGCAAAAAUGGUCGUGAUACUAUAGUUUCACGAAAACAUCCUGGAUACAAAUUGGGCGUUUCCAAAGAAAGGCUUUCUACUGCAGACGCUUAUCAACUCAAUCAACUCUAUAAAUGUUCUUCAAGGACAAGAAGAACGAGAAUGAGUAGUCGUUUUUGUAAAAAUAUUAUUCCGGGUUGUUACUACUAUUCUGUGGAAAGUGAUUCUUGCGAAUUUAACUAUGAUUUUAUGAAGCACUAUUGCAGAAGAUCCUGUGGAUUUUGUUGAUCAACAUAGCAGUUCAACAGAUAUUUAUACCGUACGUACAUAACCCAUGGAAACAGUUACAAUAAUAAAGUGUAUUGUGCAGACCAUUUGAACUGUUAUAAAGAAAGUUGGCUUGUUUUCCCGUUUCAACUCGGGACCAAUAUGAAAUGCUUGAUGUGUACAUCAACUUAACACACAUUUGAGUGAUCAAUUUCUGUUAGAUGACAGAAAUUAAUUCAACUUUUUCUAAAUUAAUUAAUCUUAACUAAUCCCCUGAUACUGUAAAACUUAUGCUUAAUAAUUAUAGAUCUAGCUAUGUAACAUUACACUAACUAUAAGGAUAAAAGUAUAUUAUAGUCUUUGUAUCAAAGUAUUUGUACCAACAUUUUUGGUUUUUAAUUAUUACAUUUGUUUUUAUAUCAGUCUAA